CUCAACAUUUCUCAAAAUACGUUUUUUGUUUUUUGUUUGCUAGCUUUAGGAAAGAAAUGUUUAAAAUAUUGAUUUUUUUUCAUGUCAGGAGCGACUUGAGAAACUGCAAGUUGCUUCUGGUGUGAGAGGAUUGGCUGUCUGCAAGAAUAUUGCCCAGGAGACGCCCGGGUGUUUUUUUUUAAUGUUUUGAUCAUCCUUGUGGGAGGCUUCUCUCAUGUCCCAGUAUGGAGCUGGAGCUGAUAAAGGGAGCUCAUCCGCAUUCUCCUCGGGUUGGAUUAAAACUGGCAACUUUUAUGUCAGCUACCCAACCUUCAAGUCAUUAGUUCUGGCAGCACAAGAGUUUAAUCCACUGCGCCACUGGGGGCUCCAUAAAAUUUGAAAUAAUGUCCAUUAUUUCAUACAGAUUGACUAAGUGUAAUAUCUUAUAUUCCUAAAAUUCAUAUAUUUUCCUGCAUUUUGAAUCUCUCGUUCUAUGUCGUAGUCUCUAUAGCAGCAGAAUAUAAGUUUUCUUCACCUGCUUUUAUGGAAACCUGUUGUCUGGCAGUCCCUGUUUGAAGCUAGCUUUAGACUGAAUUAAAUGAGCAGUGCAGAUGGGGGCCUAAGUGUAUAAUACCUUAUAUUUAUCUUUGUUUAAAUUCAUUUUGUUAGUUUUGGCCCCGCUCUCCAUAAUGUCAUUAUGGAUUCUGAGCCUGUCCGCUGGGAUAUUAACUAUCUCUCCCAAUUUGGUGUCCUCUGUAAACUUGAUAAGCACGCCCUCUCUUCCAACAUUUAAGGCCCCGUCUACACUGCCAUAUAAUCCAGUUUCUGAAUCCACAUCAUCUGCUUUGAACUGGAUUAUAUGACAGUGUAGAUCCAGCCUAAGUCACAUGUGUUAAACUCAAAGUUGGUGGGCUGAAUAUGGCCCUCCAUGUCAUUUUAUGUGGCCAUCCAGAUGCUGGGCUUCAACUCCUGUAUCCCUCAUUAUUAGACAUCCUGACUAGAGCUAAUGGGAGGUGGGAUACAGGAACAUAUGGAAGGUGCAGUUUGUUCUGUUUAGUCAGACAGUGCGGUUUGAAUUUAGACACAAGGCUUGUGGAUGUGAUGUUUGCCUUUAAAAUGCCCUUUAUUUUUUCUUCAAACUCAGAGCCACAAGUGCUGUUUGAUUGCAGUUCCUGUUAUCCCCAGUCUGCAUGGCAGAUAAUUAAAAGUGAUUGGAGUUGUCAUUCUGGGGUUUCAAACUGACUAGAACUAGAAUGGACAUGACUAGACUUAGUGUCAAGGGGAAACCUUUACCUUUACUUUUUAAGUAACUCCUAUCCAGAAUGAAGGAAAGCCAUUGUGCAGCAUGGCUACCAAUCCAACUAAUUCAUCAUUAGCUGAAGUUGUAAAACAAGUGGCUGACCAACAGAAUACUCAAGCUUCUGAAAUAGAAAGAAGUCAAACUACUCUUCAGUGGCUGCAGACUCAACUUCAGGAAUUUGAGAUGCAAAUGAAUUGUGUUGUAUCAGAAAGGCAGGCAACAGAAAGACAAAUGUAUUAUCAAGACGAAACCAUAGCAAGUACAAAACAUAAUUGUGAAAAGCUGGAGACUGAAAUUACUGCUCUGAGUGCUGAGAAUAUAAAGUUGAAAUUUGACACAGAAUUACUACAAGAAGAGUUUCAAAUUAUACUCCUAAGAAACAACGCCUACUACCAGAAUAUAGCUGUCCACAAAGACUACUUUGACAAGAUGGAAAGCAAAUUACCACUCAUGAUUGAGCUCACUAAAAAAAGAGCCACUGUGAAAGAGAUGACUGCACACAGGGAAGCAUUAAUGUCUGUUCUUCAAGAUCCAGAUCUGCAUGCUAGUCCAAUCCAGGAUGAAAUGAUUUCUUUGAAAGAGGAUAUUAAUGUAUUGAAAGAAGCUAUCAGUGAAAAAGAAAAUGAACUUCGAGAUGAAAAGAAUGUGCAUGCGAGGCUUCGAAAAGAAAUCGAGGUUCAGAAUAAAAGAUAUGAAGCUAUACUAAAACGUUUGCAUUGUCAAGUGAAUAAACUUCAGUCCAAAAGAAGGCAAUGGAACUGGAAUAUUCAGCAAAUGGAAGAAAAAGCAGCAGAACUAAGAAAGCUCCUUGGAACAACGGAUUAAGGGAUUAUUUAUUCACUGUUGAUAGAAAUUAAAAUACUAUGUAUUA